AUGGGAAUAUCGCGCGUCGUCGAUCAGAACAACCUCGCCGUCACCUCCUCUGUCGUGAUCCACCCUAACACCGCCACCGCAAACCCCCACGCCUUGAGGACCAUUUAUUUCACCACGUUGAACGCCGCGUUCUUAUCCAUUGGGCCGACGGUCCCUCACACAAGAAAAUCGUCGAACACCUCACAAGCGGAGCUCGACCGUUGCCAGCGAGGGUUCAACUCCACUAGUAGCCGCCCCAAAGAUAUCCUCAAGAACUUGUCGCAGCACCCGACCGCAAACCCCCAUCAAACUAUCACCACUCACCAGGCAGCAGAAAUUCACGAGAUUGAGGUUGAGGGUUUCGAUAAACUUAUCGGACAACGAGAUUUAGAUGAGGAGAAACGGAGAGCUGGGCUUCUACAUUCUCGAGGAGUAGGCGCCAGAGAGGUCGAGUAA